UAUUGUUUAACGAGAGAAUUCGUGGAAAAGAAGUUGUUCCACAAAAGUGACAAAACACAUGGACAGACCUGAGAACACAUCACGUUCUAAGCCAAUCGCUAAAGAAAAGCAUAAAACGUCUGGUGAUUCCAAAAAUUCUGGUGCAAGUUCCACUAAAGCACAAAUCGAUGAAUCAGCAAACAAAGACCAGCUCCCACACCCCCCUUUAAAACCUAGUCCCCUGGUUAAACUUUGUAAUGAUUUAAAUUUGGAACCUAAUUCAAAGUUUACUCUAAAACACGCACGUACAGUCGAUAACCACACACUUACCGAUAAAGAGUUGCAGUUCCCUAAACAAAUACCUGAGUAUAUUUUUAAGACAAUACUGAUAGCUAAUUACCAUGUGCGUGAUUUUAAAGUUAAAGCAGAAUCAAAUAAAAACAAAACUAAAUGUUUAAAUGAUUCCGAUGAACGCGAAGAUGAGGAGGAAGGAAUUAACCCAAUGGAUGCAUUGCUUUGCAUUUAUCAUCUUUCCGACAGUUCUUUGCGGCGGUAUCUUGCCCUAAAAUUGGCGGCAUGUCAACUCAGUAUUCCGUUUCUUCUACCUGACCCUGAGGCGCCUUCUGAGAGAGUCACAAUGCUAACAUCGUCUUUAAAAGGCAUUACGAAAACUUGGAAAAGUUCCUCCGAAGUUUUUGUGACAGAACAUCAAUUCCCGGUUGUUUCUUUCAUCCGCAUUGGCGAAAUUAGCACGUCGAAAUCAUCCUUGAUCAACAAAAUUAUGAGCGAUGGAAGCAAUCAUCAUGACUUCUUCUUUCACGAAGAUAUGGAGGGUGGUUACUUUGAAAGGAAAAUAGUCGAUGGAUUGGUUGAAUUGAGCUGGUAUCUUCCUGGAGAGAAUGAGAAACAAACAUUCCAAAGAGAAAUUUGUUUUGCGAAUUUACGAGGCGACUCUGGCGUUUUCAAGAAGCAGCGAAAUGUUCUGUUUAAGAUCUCAUCUGUUUUAUGUAUUUUACUACCUUCGAAUUAUCCAGACGAGAUUAUUAACGAAAUUCUCAAAGAAGCAAAGCAUGAUAAGGCAAAAAUCAUUCUCAUUUUUCCUGAAAAAACAAAAUCAAAAAGAGAAUUAAAGGAUUUAGAAGAAAGCAAACACCGUGAAAAGUUUUCCUUAAUAAAGAGACUCAGGCGAACCAAUGAACACGAAUUUGUGACAACAAUUCAGAAAGAGAUUGAAGAAAAGGUAAAUGAAAUUCAAGAUACAUCUGUAAAUCGCAGCAUGGCAACUUUAGGGAAUUUGGCACCUUUAGUGAAAGACGACGAGACGUCGGAAAACGAUGAAACACAGUCAGAAUUUGAGAAGAAUACAUGCAAAUGGUUGGAAGUGGGGAUAGAAAAAGCUAAAGACCUUUUAGCAUUACAGGCGCACGUCCCAGAAUUGGCGGACCUUGAAAGACAAAAAUACCAUCCGAAAGGCGAGGGUGACAAAUCUGUUGCACAUGAUAGGGAUAACAUAUAUAAAAGAAUCGAAGGCAAAAAGGAUGCUCAAAAAACAUCUUUCAAAGAACUAGACAAACGAGUUCUCGACUGUUUUGAUUCUCUUGCAAAGAUGAAGAAUGACCCCCCAAAACAAGUUGAAGCGUUGAUAAAGUUGAAGCAUAAGCUGAAUAAGAUGUCUCUCGAUGUCGUGGCAGAAUUGCGUGGAAAAGACGGGGGGGGGAAAGUAGAAUCGCUUCAGGAGUUAAAAGAGCAACAAUUAAAACUCUUUUUGGAAAAAAUGAAACUAUCGUUUGGUUUAGAACACAUUGUUAGAGAAUUUGCCCAAUUAUACCAACUCAAAGGAAGAAAAUACGACUUUGCCGAAGUUGCAGUGGAAAUGUUGCUGUCAGGAAACCCUGUCGAAAUACUAGAUGGUGACUCUUCGUACAUUCCAUUGGAAUGGUUCAAGGCUGUUUACACUAAACUAGAGAGUAAAACGAAAAACGCUAAAAUUUUUGUAAUUUCUGUUUUAGGAAUUCAAAGUUCAGGUAAGUCAACAAUGUUAAACACAAUGUUUGGUUUAGAGUUUCCAGUCAGUGCUGGAAGGUGUACCCGCGGCGCUUUUGCAAGUCUUCUUCCUGUCAGCGAUUCCCUUAAGGAUGCUUCAAACUUUGAUUAUAUUUUGGUUGUUGACACUGAAGGUCUGAGAGGAUCUGGAGAUCCACAGAUACGAGAACAUGACAACGAACUGGCGACUUUUGUGAUUGGUGUGGCCAACCUAACAAUAGUAAAUAUCAUGGGCGAGAAUCACGAAGACAUGAAAGAAUUCUUGGAGAUUGCCAUGCAUGCUUUCUUGAAGAUGAAACUUGUGAAAGAGAAAAAGAUAUGCAAAAUUGUUCACCAUAAUGUCGCCGCCGCCGAUGCAAGAGACAAGUUAACUGCUGAUCGUUUAAAUCUCAAGAGAGAUCUCGAUAAAAUGGCUCAACUUGCAGCUCUUCAAGAAAAUUGUGAAGAAAAAGUAAAAAAACUGGAUGACAUUAUGUCAUUCAAUGAAAAUGAAGACGUGUUUUAUAUACCUGGCCUACUUCAAGGCAAUCCACCAAUGGCUCCAGUAAACCCUAAAUAUGGAAGAGCCAUCCAAAAGGUAAAGGAAAAUAUCGUUAGUGUGAUGUCAUCGAAACAAGGUUUCCCACUUUCUGUGUCUCAGUUUCGUGACAGAGUUUGUAACCUCUGGACGGCUAUGCUCAAGGAAAAUUUCAUAUUUAAUUUCCGUAACGUGAUAGAAGUCAGAGCCUUUACGGCUUUGGACAAAAAAUUCUUCGAGGAAUCAGUGAAUUUAAUGACAGGAAUGUCAGACUUGAAAACAGAAAUUGAAGUAGCUCUGGAAAGAUGCACAAAACGAGAAGAACGUGAUGAAAAAUGGAAUAGUAGUCAAAAACAAAUAGGGAAAAGAGCCCAAGAACUUGGAAAGAAAAUGGAAACUGCUAUGAAAACCUUUUUUGAAACAAACGAAGAUAAAGCAACUCUAGAACAGUGGAGAGAAAACUUCAUGAGAAAAAUUCAACUAAUGGAAGAUAAUCAGAGGUCAGACGUUGUUCACAGUUGUUCUGCGGCAUAUCAUCAUUUGCAGAAUCAACAUGACGUUAAAGAAAAGGAAAAGAAAAUUGAAAAAGAGUUUCUUCAAAAAGCGACAAUUUUCAUAACUUCAGUUGAAAACGCUGACGAUACGGAGCAAUGUUUAGCAACAUUUGAACAAGAAUGGGGGAAAUGGAUGAUGGAGGUACCAGAUUGUAAAGAAAAGAAAACUGACGUUAAUAAUGAGAUGGUUGAAGUUCUUUUCCACACAGAUACUACUUUGAAGUCUGAAAUGUCAGAUAAACUAGAUGCACAGAACGAUACAGUUUCAAAAUUUAAAGGAAAAGUUCCAGACUAUCGAAGCAAUCCAGGUUUUUUGGAAAAAUUUAUAAAUAAACUCAGGCAAAAUGAACAAGGUAGAGAAGCAAGAAUCAUCGUUGACAAAGCAUUUGAUAACGCAAUUGACUUUGCUAAAAACAAAGCGAAAUCAAGAGUUCGAUGUACUCGUAAUGACCUUACAACAAUGUAUCACAAAAUUAUAACCACUAUUGAUAAUGAAUCAAAGAAACCUAAACUUAAAAUCGAUAACUCUUUUAAAUGUGAUAUCCUGCUUUAUAUAUUUGCUAACGCCUACGAUAUUUUUGAAGAAAUGGAACAACGCUAUUUGGAAGGACGUGAUAUUAAAGGUGACCUAGAACGAACCUUACGACCAACGCUUGAAAUAUUUUUCCAAAAUAGUUGCCAGAAAGUAGGAAAGGAAUUACGGGCUGCCAUUUCCUUUAUUAACGCACUACGAGAGCCAAUUAAAUCAGCGCUAAACCGCGCCAUGGGUCCUGCAGUUGCAAAAAAACUAAUGGAGGUUAGCACGUUUCAGAGCAAAGCUCAAUUUCAUGCCAGUGUAUUGAUUGAACUUGGAAAGGGAGGUAAAUUUGAAUCGUACAUUCCUUAUCUUCAAAAUUCAGUUAAAUUUUUAAAAACGAAAUUAGUGGAAUCAAGUGAGAACUACUGUAUAAAAGAGAACCCUACCUCCAUUAGAGAACUUCUCGAGAUCAAAGUCAACAAGAUAAAGGGAGAUGUUUCGAAUGGUAUUUCAAUGGCAAACGAAGAAACAAAGAGAAAAGGUGAAAAACUGACCUUCUGGAUUCAGCAAUUUGUUGAAGACUGUCCUUCACUGGCAAUCACAAAAGAAAUGUUUGCCGUGGCCGCAAUUGAUGACGAUCUGAAAGACAUUGAUGUGUUCGAAACCAAAGUCAAGGAAAGCAUAGAUGAAUUUUUUAAAUCAUUGAUCCCCGAUAGAAUAGAUCGCUCUACUAUGGAGAAAUGGGAUCCACCUCCGCAUGAUCAAUUGUUAACUCGUAUGUUUGGUUGUGAAAGUUUUUGCCCGUUUUGCAAAGGAUUGUGCGAUCAAACCACUCCAAAUCAUCCAGAAGGUCACUCAACAAAGCACCACCGUGCAGGGGGAUUAAAUGGUUAUAAGGAUAUCGAUACCAAAAUUUUGAGUAUUUCCAUUUGUACGAACGAUGUCGCCGAACCAGGUAAGCGAUUUCGAAACAAAGAUACAAAUGAUGAAUGGCGUCUUUACUCAGAUUAUCAAUCGGUCAAUGAAGAUUAUAAAUCCUGGUCAAUUCCCCCAGACCCAUCAUUUGAGUUGUCCAUAUAUUGGCAGUGGUUCAUGGGAAAGUUCUUGAAAGAAUUGUGUAAACACUAUGGGGUCAAAGAACCAGAAAUCCCUUCAAUAUGGAAGGAUCGAACAUUCGAAGUGGCAGAACGUGAUCUUCGUCAGGAAUACAACAUGCUGCUGGAAGAACAGAAAUAA